GUAUUGAGCAAUGUUUACAUUUUAAAGACGUUGAGUUGUUCGAUGAGAAUCUACCGCAAACUUUUCAGAAGUCAUAUUACAAUUGUUAAAGAUGCUUAAUAAGUUUAAAAUUUGUCAUUUUUUCUAUUUCUUAAUCCUAAUAGAGUAUUGCUGGACGGAAAAUGGCAAAGAAAGUUGUUUUUGUGAGUUGAACAGUGACGUUGAUCAUUGUACUUGUUCAGUUAAUAAUGUGGAUAGUUUAAACAACUUAAAGCUCUAUCCAAGACUACAGAACAUUCUUCAGAGAGAUUAUUUUAAAUUUUUCAAGGUUAAUUUGAAUAAAGACUGCCCAUUUUGGAAAGAUAAUUCCCAAUGUAGUUCUAAAGAUUGCCACGUCAACCAAUGUGAAGAGACCCAAUUGCCAGAUGGAAUAAAGGAUGAAGAUUCUAAAUAUAAACAUAGCAAAGAGAGUCAAGGAGAAAAAUGUGAUGAUAAUAAGGGCACUUUAGGAAAAUUAGAUCGAACGAUUAGUAUUGAGGAUAAAGAGGCAUUUGACAGUUGGAAAAAACAUGACGAUGCUCAAGAUAACUUUUGCGAACUAGACGAUGAUAGUUCAGAAAGUUCUUCCUACGUUGACCUUCAAUUAAAUCCAGAACGUUAUACAGGCUAUAAUGGACCUUCGGCUCAUAAAAUCUGGAAUUCCAUAUACGAAGAGAACUGUUUCAAACCAGAGGCUAAUGAUUACAUAGCCUACAUUCAGUCAGCUGAUAAAGUUAUGUGCUUGGAAAAACGGGUGUUUUAUAGACUAGUUUCGGGAUUACAUUCCAGUAUCAGCACCCAUUUGACAGCUAUAUGGCAAUUCAAAGAUCCUUUUACAAACAAAGUAACAUGGGGACCCAAUGUUAAAGAAUUCAAAAGGAGAUUUGAUCCUGUAACAACCGAUGGGGAGGGUCCACAAAGAUUAAAAAAUUUGUAUUUUACUUAUCUAGUCGAAUUACGAGCUAUUGCCAAAGCUGCUCCUUAUUUAAAUAAGGAAUCAUAUUACACCGGAAACCAAACUGAAGAUCGCCAUGUAAAAAAUCUAGUAAAAGAGUUUUUAUCGGAAAUUUCAAGCUUUCCAGCACAUUUUGAUGAAACUCAAUUAUUUAAAGAUGAAUUUAAUAAUCCUAUUAAAUUAAAAGAAGAGUUUAAAUCUCAUUUUAGAAAUAUAUCAAAAAUAAUGGAUUGCGUUGGUUGCGAUAAAUGUAGAUUAUGGGGUAAAUUACAAACAAGAGGAUUAGGAACAGCGUUAAAAAUACUUUUUACAAACGAAGAUCAACAGUGUAAAUCACCUUUAAAUACGGAAACAAAUUGCAAUAAUCUACAAUUGAAAAGAACGGAAAUUGUUUCUCUGUUUAAUGCAUUUGGAAGAUUAUCAAGAAGUAUUCACGAAAUUAAUCAAUUUAGAUCAAAGUUAAAUUGAAUCGGAUUUACUUUCUAUUGUUAGUUAAACUAUUCGAACUUUAUAAAAUAAUCUUUACCAUAUACUUUGUUUUAUAUCGAAUACAACAAUUGGCCU